UUACAUACCAAAGUUCUUAGCGGUUGUUGUUUCCAUUGCAGUUAGUAUCAUUGCAACAGCGAAAUCGAACACUGCUCGGCGGGAAAAGCCACGGCAUCUCACCAAUACAAAACUUUUGAAUUUUUACCUUUAUAAAUCAACUUUUGUUCAGUGAAGUUCAGUUUACUACAGAAAGUGCAGUUUUCAUUUUUCUUCUUCAAACAUCCAAAUGUUGCAUAUUUGAAAACGUGAAAAGCGGAGCACAAUAGCCAAUUUACGGAUUAGGACACCUCACAAAAGAAAAGAAUAAAGUAGAGAGAGAGAGGGCGAGGUGAUAAGAAAAUCUGUAUUUUUGAUGUUGACCAUCAUUCCCGAUUCGUUACUAUUAUGCUCGGCGUCGAGUUGACUCCUCAUCGACACGCUUUGGCCUGGGUCUUGGGUCAAACGGACGUCUGGUACCUUCUGCACCGAUGCGCGCAUUUCGUCAGCAAGAGCAACAUCGGAGGAGGAGGAGGCUAUGACCAAUUAUGCGACGAGGACGAAGAACCCGCCUAUCAAAACGUCGGUUUAUCCAUACUGGACAAUCUCUUCACCGAAGACGAAGAGGAACCGGUGUUCGAAAAUAACCAACACUUGGACCCGGAACCAGAAACUCUGAACAAUGGUCCACUCAGCUUAUCCCCGCCACACCUGGUGUCGCAACGUGAGAACCUGCAGGUGAUGCAGCCCGUGAGUGCUCCAGGUUCGCCGCCGUCGAGUCCUUGCGUGAGCCCGAUCGGAGGUCCACCGGGUACAUUAGACCCGAACUGGCAGGCGACGAAACCGACGGUGCGCGAACGCAACGCGGCAAUGUUCAAUAACGAUCUCAUGGCGGACGUCCGAUUCCUGGUGGGCGGAGCCGGCGCCGUUCAACCAAUCCCCGCCCACAAAUACGUUCUGGCGACCGGAAGUUCCGUUUUCUACGCCAUGUUCUACGGCGGCCUCGCCGAAUGCAAAGAGGAAAUCGAGGUGCCCGACGUCGAGCCCUCAGCUUUUCUAACUCUACUAAAAUAUUUAUACUGUGAUGAAAUCCAAUUGGAAGCGGACACUGUGCUGGCCACACUGUACGUAGCGAAAAAGUACAUCGUGCCACAUCUCGCACGUGCCUGCGUCAAUUACUUGGAGACUAGUUUAACGGCGAAGAAUGCCUGCCUUCUCCUAAGCCAGUCGCGCCUCUUUGAGGAACCUGAGCUGAUGCAACGAUGCUGGGAGGUCAUCGACGCUCAGGCAGAGAUGGCGCUCCGUUCGGACGGGUUCGUCGACAUCGACAUGUCGACCCUGGAGUCGGUCCUGGGCCGAGAGACGUUGAACUGCAAGGAAAUGAACCUGUUGGAGGCGGCGUUGAACUGGGCGGGCGCAGAAUGCGUCCGCCGCGAGAUCGAGCCAUCACCGCAGAACAAACGCAACGUGUUGGGAAACGCCCUAUACUUGGUGCGGAUACCCACCAUGUCAUUGGAGGAGUUCGCGAACGGCGCCGCCCAGUUGGGCAUCCUCACGCAACAGGAGACGAUCGACAUCUUCUUCCACUUCACGGCCAACAAUAAACCGAGCCUGCAGUACCCGAUACAGCCCAGGGCCGGACUAAAGUCACAAGUGUGUCACAGAUUUCAAUCGUGCGCAUACCGCUCCAACCAGUGGAGGUACAGAGGCAGAUGCGAUAGCAUACAGUUUUCCGUGGAUCGUAGGAUUUUCGUUGUCGGGUUUGGGUUGUACGGAUCGUCAAACGGCGCCGCCGAUUACAACGUGAAAAUCGAACUGAAGCGACAGGGACGCGUGCUCGCCGAAAGCAACACGAAGUUCUUCUCGGACGGAUCCAGCAAGACUUUCCACGUGUACUUCAAUAAUCCCAUACAGGUCGAACCCGAAUCGUUCUACACGGCUUCGGCUGUACUCGACGGGGCCGAACUUAGCUACUUUGGUCAGGAGGGCAUGAGCGAGGUGUCCGUGGGCACGGUCACCUUUCAGUUCCAAUGCUCUUCGGAGAGCACCAACGGCACCGGAGUUCAAGGUGGUCAAAUACCUGAGCUGAUUUUCUAUGGUCCCUCUACCGCCGCCGUCAGUGAACACCUCUAAACCAAUAAACUUUAUAUGUUCUACUACUCCUCCCACAUCUAGAAACUCAUACCCUAAUUUAUUAUAAUUUAAGUGCUGUGAACUAUUUUGUUACAUUUUUUUUAUAUAAUUGUUAUAUCUUCACGGUAUCCAAUGAGUAGUUAACGUUCGCAAAGGAAAAUACUACUAAUUCGAUUGCUCGUCGCGCCCUUUGCCAAAUCGGUACAACAAAAAUAUGACGCUCUAGUAUGAUGAAGACGAUUUGCUAGAGUAACAAGUCUUCAAACACUAUGCAGUGCUGAAAGAGGAAAACCUCCUAACAAAUAAAUAGUUAUAUAUAUAUACUAUACAUAUAUAUAAAUAGGGUGCUUAGGUUUCAUAAAUAUAGUUUAUAAAAGUAAAAUACAUUCAUAAGUGCAUUAUUAUCAGAGUUUCUGAUAGAAGCCUGCAAGGCAUUGACAUCGGACGUGAUGAAUAUUUCAAAUAAGAAACUUUCAGCAACAUCACAGGAUAGUUCAUCAUUCUCAGAUCAUUUCUGAUGUCCAAUCUCUUUACAUACAUUUUCAAGAAAACAGGGUCCUUGAUUAGGAAACAAACACUAAGUUAUUAUAUAAUAACGACUUGUAGAUAUAAUUUCCAACAGUAACAAAUAAACAUACUUUUUAAUAUUUAGGAUUGAGAGAUUCUGCUUCAUCUUCCAAAAUCUUUAUACAUUUAUAUUAAUUGGUGAUUUUGACACCAAAUUGACACAUUGGUUUAAUCAGCAAAUACAUUGCAAUGGUUCACAAUUUGUAAUUGCAUAUUUAAAAUAUGUUCUUCACAUUGGAGA